AUGACGGAAUCGGAAGAUGAGCCUCUUAAAUGCGAGGAAGAAGACUGCUGCUUCCACAAAGAUGAUCCAAACUAUGAUCCAGAGGAUGGAGAGCGUUAUCCAUCAGUUCAGUGCGAUGGAUGUAAUAUCUGGUGCCAUCCUGUCUGCGAAAAUUUUUUUGACGCAGAGACAAGUCACUUUGAUGCUUUCUUUUGCAGCAACUGCCUAGAUGAAGAGGACAUGGAUGGCACUGCUAGGGAAAUAACUUACAGGAAGCCACUUUAUCCAUCACUUCAAGAUCCUUUUUAUCAUGGCGGUUUGAAAGUUGGCGACGACGGAAAAGUCUUCCACGGCAAAACUGAAGUAAUCGAGAGCGGGACUGAGAUGUUUGUCCAAAAAUUAAAAGAGAAAGCCCAAAGCUACGAGGAUGGGAGAGAAAAAUUCAGUGUUGGGGAUAGAUUCAUCAACAAAGAAUGGCUAGACGACAAUGGAUUCGACGAACCGAUCUUUUAUCCGAGCGGGAACACGCCAAACGGACUGGAGAUCAGAAACUCAGAAAGAAUGACGAUUAACUACGUUCGAGAAAUGUUAGGAGACGACUACCCCAUAUCAUAUUUCGACUGCCAAACACAGAAGGAAUUCCGCACGACGCUUCUGAGAUACUACAAUUACUUUGAAGAUAAAGAAGUCCGAGAAGAUGGAACUCAUGCCCGUUUUCUUCAAAACAAGUUGAUAAACAAGCGCUACAAUGUUAUCAGCAUAGAAUUUUCCGAUGAAAAAUUAGCUGACUAUGUGGACAUUCCUAUGCUUUACAGGAGAAUAUCCUGGCAGAGUCUGGUUCCGAAAGAUCCCAUUAAAAAAUAUGAAACGCCCCCUAAAAUGGGAAAAUAUGUCCUGAUCGGACCGGAAGGAUCGUACACCGACUGGCAUAUUGAUAUGGCGGGGUCUUCUGUUUGGUACCACAUUGUUUCCGGUGGCAAACUCUUCAUCCUUGUCGCUCCAACGGAAGAAAAUCUCGACAAGUAUCGCGACUGGGAAUCGCACGAUGCCAAGAUAAGACGAAGAACGUCUUUUCUGGAAUGGUGUGAAAAAGAAAAGAAUCCGAUUCCUUCGGAAGAUAUUUGUAGAAUGGAGCUUCAUCCAGGCGAUACGAUGCUUGUUCCAGGCGGAUGGAUUCAUUGUGUUGUUACAACAAAGGACUCACUCGUUUUUGGCGGAAAUAUCUUGCACACGAUGGGUGCAAGAAUGCAGUCAAAAUGUGUACAAAUGGAAUCAGAAGCUGACAUUCCAGAGAAGAAUACAUAUACUAAUUUCUUCUUCAAAAAUCUAAUGUGGUACGCCGGAAAACAAGUUUCGAGAGAGCUUCAGGAAGCAAACAAUUCAAGAAAGAUAUUCUCAGAAAAGAAGAUACUGGAAGCUAAUCAUAUCUAUGCUGUUCUUUCGAAAGGCAAGAAAGCAUUGGAUACGAUACCCAGCGACAUCGCUCCAGACGACUUUCUCAAGAAGUUUAAGAAUCGCUUGAAGAUGCAAAAGAAGAUUGCAAAAGAUGAGCCACCUGAUUUGACUCCAUUCAAAGAGCCUGAAUUCGCGGAGAUUGGAACUGAGCGACUUGAAAACGGCGAAAAGUUUGAGAAAAAGACGGCGAACAAGAGGAGUAGAGGGGACAAAAGCCGUAGAAUGCAAGCUCUGGUCAAGAUGGAAAAAGAAAAUGGCCACGUAAAGCAAGAGAAAAACGACGAGCGGUAUCUUCCGGAAGAAGAGUUCUCAGAUGACGAGAUUCCAGCGGAGGACGACGACUUCAAGAAAGAACCCUCGCCACCGCCGAAAAAACACGCUCCGGAGAAACACACCAAGGUGAAGAAGAAAAGUUCUCGGAAAAAGACGGCUGCUCAAGUCAAAGGAGAAAGAUUUGCAUCUCACUGUAAAAAACUAAAACAGAAAUAA